AUGAACAGAAGAUUAAGAGGGCCAGGGGGUGAGAACCACAUACAGGAACGACGCGAUCUCUCUGCUCAACCUUACCGUCUUCGCUUCUUCUUCCUCAUUAAUGCUGCUGUGACGACUUCAAGGCCAACGCCUUCGUCUCGCACCUCAAUCCCCUUCAUACCUCUUUUCUUCGACUUCUUCUCCUUCGCAGUCGUUCAUCAUAGUGACGACACCAUGGCUCUACUGUUUCGCGCUUCGAAGCUCCAUCCCUUUCUCCCUUGUCCUCGACUCAAACUCAGUAGAAAACAAAACUGCAAACGAAACGAAACGAAACAUGUACCGAUCGGGGUACCACCAGUGGUUCUUAGAAUUAAUGAAGAUGAUAAGAAAAUCAGAGGACCUUCUUCUUUUCGAAAUCCAGAUGAAUCAAUCCAGAGUAGUGCAGAAUAA